GAGCUACAGACAGCUCAAAGAGAGCUUUGAGUGAUUGUAGGGUUCCGAGGCACAGAUUGCUGCGACAUAGAGAGCGAGAGAGAGAGCUUUCUGCUUCUUCACUUGGCCCCAAACCUUGCUCAUCUUCAUCAGCCAAGCCUCCACCAUGUUCCUCACCAGGAGUGAGUAUGAUAGAGGUGUCAAUACGUUUUCUCCCGAGGGGCGCCUCUUUCAAGUGGAGUACGCCAUUGAAGCUAUUAAGCUUGGUUCCACGGCAGUGGGAUUGAAGACCAAGGAGGGAGUUGUUUUGGCCGUCGAGAAGCGAAUAACCUCAGUUUUGUUGGAACCCACCAGUGUCGAGAAGAUCAUGGAAAUCGAUGAACAUAUUGGGUGUGCCAUGAGUGGUCUCACUGCGGAUGCUCGCACACUUGUUGAACAUGGCCGUGUGGAAACUCAGAAUCAUAGGUUCUCGUAUAAUGAGCCUAUGAGUGUGGAGUCUACUACACAAGCCCUGUGUGAUCUGGCUUUACGUUUUGGGGAAGGCGACGAAGAAUCAAUGUCACGUCCUUUCGGAGUUUCUCUGCUCAUUGCUGGCCAUGAUGAGAGUGGACCAUGCUUGUACCACACAGAUCCAUCUGGAACAUUUUGGCAAUGUGAUGCUAAGGCAAUUGGUUCAGGAUCAGAAGGUGCCGAUACUUCCCUUCAGGAACAUUUCAACAAGAACAUGACGCUGGAGGAAGCCGAGACAUUGGCGUUGUCUACCUUGAAGCAAGUCAUGGAAGAAAAGGUAACUUCCUGUAAUGUGGAUAUUGCUAAGGUGGCUCCCAAGUAUCAUUUGUACACACCCGAAGAAGUUGAGGUUGUUAUACAACGAUUGUAAUUAUCUGGGUAGUUGAAUACUCGAGAAUGCCGUUUUUCGAUUCAUGAGCUAUCCAUUCAAAUAUUGGUUUAAUUAGUAGCGAAUGUGUUCAUUUUCUAUGGUAUAACUUGAACCUUCUGCACUUUUUUUAAUUAAUUUUUUUAUGGUCUAUCACUGAUCAUCCA